AUAUUCUUGUGCUACUGAUAUCAACCUAAAGUCACGUUUUAUCGAACCAUCCUCCAGAAAAUCUUUGACACGUUGACGACAGAGUGGUACAUACGUGUACCACGUAGUGCAUUGUUGCUCAUGGACGGAGUGGUAUAUAUGUAUGUGUACCACUCGUGUUGUUUGUUUCAUCAAUUUUUUUUAAAUGGAUUGUAGCAUACAAGUAAGGGAGUUAUUGCCGUAAAAAAUAAAGUGAAGCAAUAUUAAUAAUCUCUGUUGGAUCCGCUUCACUAAAUGUUUAGUUAAAAAACGGGGUAUUUGUGACUGUGUCGGAAAAUCUGUGCUCAGCUCUCACAUCGGAAGUUUGUUCUCUCGAGCGUGUAGCCACUAGAAACUGAUAUUGAUCGCUUCACGGAUUUUCAGGAAACUUGCGGUUUUCAGGUUCAUUUCUCUCUUUACUUGCUUCCUAUAAAGCUUCGUCCGGUCCCAAGAACACUCGUGUGGAGACAGCUCAGUAAUUUACGACGUUUGUGUCGCCUCAUUCCUUCAGUAUUAUUAGUAGUAGUAGAAUAAUUUGCCAACACUUCAGCUAUUUCGCGCCGGAGUUCAAAAGAUAACAUCGCCAGCGAGGCGGAAGGCCUCAAUAAUGGAAAAUCUCUAAUUAAUCAUCACCCACAAGGGACGGAAGUUCUCAGUCUCUCAGAUGUCCAGCCUGUUGAAGCUGGUUAGAAUGAAGCAGCGUUAGCAUCUCAAAGAGACGAAGAGUGACUACGAAGGACAGGGGGAAAGCAACAGAAACCAACUAAGAAGUCGCUUACACGGGACGUCGGCCGCCCGCACGAGAGAGACAGAGAAGGCAGAUUCAAGUAAUCCUACCUACACAAUAACUUGAUCCAACAACUGAGAUCCGCAGUCAGAAAACGCGAGCUCCACGGUGGGGUCCUUACGAGCGGUGGGGCGCCUCCAUAGGAGCAGACACCGGUGGGGGGCGCAUCCCCUCAGGGAUGCGCGAAAUCUCAGGGCUUCUGAUGAUCACAGCCACGCGUCAGAAAUCCCCCCUGACAAGUCAUUCCUUCAACAACGCCUUUAUCAGAACGGUUAGUACAAGGGAUAUGCACUCCCUCCUAUGUCAUAUCCGUUUGUGACGAAUUGUUGAUAACAAAUAUCUACAACAAGGAGUCUGAUCGAGAAAUGCCUGGUAAACCGAUCAGUGGAGAAUGAAUAUUACAGCCAAUAGGUAUCUUAAAGGCCCCAUGCACCUUAGAGUCCGACUCGCUAGUCUAACUCGGCUAACCUCAAAACCCCCAAAUAUGGCGCCAAACUAGCCGAGGUGGGGAAAAAAAGCAACCCGAGCCAGGGCUUCCAGCCUUCCACUGCUUGCUGUGGGGCUCGCCUCGGCCCUCGAGUUCAGUUGCUAUGCAUGCGUCAAAUCUGGUAGGACAUGUGCAGCGAUGGCGGACUCCAGGCUAUUCAUGAGCCCCGAUUUUUCAACAAAGUUUAUCGAAGAGUACCGCAAGUUGCCGUGCCUUUGGAAGGUUCGUUGCUCGGAAUAUUCCAACAAAUGGAGAAGAGAUGAAGCAUGGGAACAUCUCGUCGGAAUUACGCGGGAAAAAGAAGUCAAUGCAGACCUUAACUUCGUUAAGAAAAAAGUGGAUAAUAUUCGAGCAUCAUUCAGGAAAGAAUUGAGAAAGAUUCGCGAGAGCACGCAGAGUGGUGCGUCAUCAGAUGAUACGUACAUCCCAACUUUGUGGUACUUCGAAUUGUUCAAGUUCACCGCAGAGCAGGAGCAGCCUCGACAAACAAUGAGCAAUUUGAACGAGGGCGAAGAGAAUCAUCUCGAAGAAGAAGUCUGUAUUGUUGAGGCCGAACCAAACGAAGAUGUGAACAACGCCGACAAUGAAAAAUUAUUGUACAGUGAAUCUCAGACUUCGUCCACAAAGCGGAAAAGAAUUUCGCCAAAGCGAACAAAACGUUUUAGUGUUGAGGAGGAAGUGCGCCAACGCAAAGCACUUUUAGAAAAGGCUUCUGCUGUACUAAAUAGACCGGAUGAAUACGAUGACCUAACCAAGACGUAUGCAGCUAAAUUUCGCCGCAUGCCUGUUUCUCAAAGAGAUAUUGCUGACAAGUUGAUUAAUGACAUCCUCUUAAAAGGGUUACAGAACACUUUGACAAAUAACCAUUUCAUUUCUUUCUGUGGUUAUUCAGCUGUUCCUUGGCAUGAGAGAGAUGCAGCGUCUUCUUAUGUAACUACUACGUCAAAUUGUUCAACCCCCCAACUUAAAAUCAAGCCAUGUUUCGAUAGUCGUUUCGAAUGAAAUUUAGCAAAUAUAUAUGGCUGAAUAUUGGUCGAUUGACAAGCCAAUCUUUUGACUACAUAGAUCGUUUCCUACUUCGCUUUUUCACUCCCUCGAGCUCACUCAAAAACAAUGGCAGCAGCGGCAACUUGCCUCGGAUGACUCAUCUCCACGACUGGGCGGCGCUGCGAGCAAAGUACGUCGGUCGAUAGGUGUACGGAGAAAUAUCGCCGGAUAAGAUCCGAUAGUCAGAAUCAGCUAGCCGGACUGUACGCUAGUGUAUGGGGCACUUUAUUUAUUGAAGUUGAACCAUAAAUAAAUAUAUCCUAUGCUUACCGCUGUGGUUUUUGUACUGCAAAGACAGUGGAGCGUGAAGAACUUUCCACGUGCGUUACCGUUAAGUUUCCCGGUAACAAUAACUCAAGUUUUCCCCGGUCAAAUAAUCUAAUUAGGCAUACUUGUCGCGCACUUUAUAAACACUUGAGUGCCCCAAUUUCCUAUAACUGUUGUAGUAAAAAGUUUACAGUUUUUUGUUAUUGUGCAUUGAUUGCAAAUCAGUAACUGGAUAAAAAAACUCAAAUUUUUAUUUUUCAAACUAAUGAAGUUAUUGAAUCAUUAGUGCUUAGUAGAGCAAGUACGUAUAAGUAGAAUUGUACUCGCAAUAAGUGAUAUUUUCCAUUACUACAUGGUCGUACUGAUGUCUAACUUUGGUUAUGCAAUUUACCGAUGCCCAUGCCUAUUGACGUUCGUAAAUAUUGCUAUAACAGACACUAAAUUGCUAAAUUCUUGAAGCUCGUAUAAGUAAGGCACUUAUAAGCUAAGCCCAUGAUAGUUAGCUGCGUUUAAUGUUCAUUUUGUAUAAGUAUCAGAUAUAAACCUCGUAUGUCAUAAACUCGAAACUAACCAGGAAGCUAGUCUUACCUAAGUUAGGCUAAGUUAUGUUUAUUCGGUGUCAACGACAUAAUUUAGAUUCCCAUGAUAUCACCAUAUCAAUUGUAAACAUCGGCUUUAACCUUUCAUGCUUGCGUGCUAACUUUGUCUUAUAUAUUACUUGUCAGGAACUAAAAGUUAAUGUUGAAUGUUUCAUGCGAUUAAGAAAAUUGAUCCCUCAUAUCUACUUUGUUGAAAUAACUAAGGAAGCAUUUUAAUGCAUUACCAACUCCUAUUGCUGCUAUAACUCGAUUCAUCGCUAUUAUCAAUUUCACAUAUGUAUUAAGUCGGAUACAUAUGUGAUGUGAGUGACUCAGCGAAUUAUAAAGACGAAUUCUCAAUAGGUAUCAUUUGAAAUGUCGUAUAGCGAAAUAAUCAAAUUCAAACGCGCACAAUAAAUACGUGUAUUGUUCGAAAUACAAAAUUAAAUAUGUGAAAUUCUUGAUUAAGCUAAAUUGCACGAUUAAUGGCAGUGAAAUUAAAUACUUGCAAAACUUAAUUUUGGUUACGAAUUGCUAAAUUCUUGACAUAAGUUAAGUUAAGGCUCUUAUCUUAUAGGCUUAUAAGUUAAGGCUCGUAAGGCUCUUAAAAGUUAAGCCCAAGUUAUAGUCAGUUGAGUUUAAUAUUCAUUUUUUGUAAGUCGUCAGGUUUUGUAUGUCAGGACUUGAGGUCAGGCAUCUAGCUGAUGUAAUGAAUUUUUGUUUUAGGAUUUUGAUAUAGUGAGGCUAAUCUUAGUAUUAUCUCUUGCCUUGUCAUAAAUCAAUGCCCUUCAAA